UGUUCUCUCGUUACUGGGUGUAUCGACUGGGUCCUGCACACCUCACUGCAGGUGACUGUCUGGAAGAUUUCUUUGCUGAGCUACUAGUGGCGUUUACUGUAAAAAGAAUUAAAAUAUCCAAGUGUAUAAGAUGUCGAUGUUCAGGAGUUCCACUGGAAAUGAGUCAAAGAGUGCCACUCUUGGAUCUGUUAACAGGCAGAAUGUGAUACAAGAAGCAAACAGAAGGAGGACACUUUUGCAGGACAACAGCUGGAUAAAAAAUCGACCAGAGGAAGAGGAAAAGAUAAGAGAUGAAAAUUAUGGGAAAAACGUGUUGAGUCGAUACAAAUCACAGGAUGAUCUGGACAGAGACACAGAUAAAGGAGAUACGAAACCCAUACAUAACAGGUUUAAGUCUGAUGAUGCUUUGGACAGAAUCUCACUGAAACACACACCAGAAAGAGGAAAUAGAUCUGCAACUCUGGAAAGGGUUCCCAAGAGCGAUGAAUCUGAUGGUAAAAGGCAGCCAUGGUCUCCUGGAAACAGAACAGCAUCUGCAACUACAACUACAACUACAGAGGAAAACAAAAGGCAAUCCUGGGCUCCAUCUAACAGAACCAGCGUCACAACCACUGAAACUAAACGAAGUUCUCUGCCAACCAAGCAAGAAGGACAAAAAAUAACUAUCUAUUCAUCGGAUGAAAGAACCUCUGAUAAACCACUAAGGUCCAGUCUGAUUGACAGUGCGAGAUCAAGGUUUGAAAAAUCUGAUGACAAGCCAAAGCUUCCUCCUACCUCACCUACCUCACCGCUACCCAAAACUGAUCUCAGAUUUCAAAAUACUGAAGAUAAACCCAAAGUGGUGCCGAGGGUAUCCCCAGCUAAAACCGAUGAGAAACCUACUUAUCCUACAAAGCCUGCCGUAUCGCAGACUGGAGAAAGGAGAACUGUGGUGGAAAGAAGACAAAGGAGUCAAGACAUUGAUAAUCUUAUUGAUGUAACAACCACUAGGACAUCAAGCAGUAAAGGAGAUUUGAAUGACCUCAUUGAAAUAUCAAGCACCACAAAGAAUUUACGUAACAGGGAUGAAGAACUUAACAAUUUAAUUGAAGUUAAAAAUCCUCAAGAAAAGACCAGAAGUCAGAAUCUGGAUGAUCUGAUAGCUAUAACUGGUGAUGGAAACAAAGGGACAGUUGGGCCUGCUAACAAUACUACAAAUAUUGGUAGCCGAAGUUCCACUACGACCACCAAAAUUACUGAAAAUACCUCUGAUGUAUCUGGUAACCGCUCAACUACUAACAAUACUGCAAAUAUUGGUAACCGAAGUUCCAUUACGACCACCAAAAUGACUGAAAAUACCUCUGAUGUAUCUGGUAACCGCUCAACUACUAACAAUACUGCAAAUAUUGGUAGCCGAAAUUCCACUACGACCACCAAAAUUACUGAAAAUGAUGUAUCUGGUAACCGUUCAACUACGUCCUACAAAAGUACUGGUGAUCCCCGUGAUGCCACAAACCUUCGUUCAAACAAAACUACCACCACCACCACCACUACCACAACAUAUAACAUAAGUGAAGAUAAACCUGAUGGGACAAGCCGUCGUACAUCCUCAUCCUCUAAGGUCAAUGAUGAUCCAUCUCUUACUUCAAGCCGUCAAACAACUACAACUUACAAAUCUAAUAAUGACACAACCAAUGCACCAAACCAACGCUCAAAUGUGACCAUUACUCAGGAAUCAAGCCAUUUGCCUGACAUAACAAGCUUCUAUUAUAAGCCCAAACUGUCAUACGAUAAUGAAAGUGCCUUCAGAAACAGCCCAAUAUAUGAUAAUCUUAAUGCAUAUGAAGAUACUGUCAAGACAAGUUCUAUUAAAACAGUUUAUUCUACUUCAGAUCGGUCUGUCAUUGAAAAAGACAUGUGUACUUACUGUCGUAAACCACUUGGCAUUGAUGCUAAAAUGAUCCUGAAGGACCUGAACAUUUCUUGUCAUGCAACUUGCUUUAAGUGUGAAGUGUGUUCUGGUGAUUUGGGAGGCCUGAAAGCUGGAGAUAGUAUGUGGAUCUAUAAGCAAAGCAUACACUGUGAACCUUGCUACUUCAAAGCAAAAGAGAGAUGGAUCAUAUAGAUGUUGCAAAAUGAACAACUAUGGGAAGUGUUCAGACAUGGAGUAUGCUAUGGAGAAGAUCAUAAGACAUCAAAAUAAUUUAGAAUUUGAGUUGUCUUUGUUCUUUUAAUAAAGUGUGUGUAAAACUUGCUUGUUAAAAACUGUUAGGUAUUAAGAAUUAACGGUGUUACUUCUAUAUAAUUUUUUCCUUAAAUAAACAUGAUAUUGUUUAUUCUAACAUUUAAAAAAAAUAAUUUUAUUCUUGGUUGAAGAGACUUAAAUAAUUAUUCAGUUUUCAAAGAUCCUUAAUUAUAGGCCUUUCAUGAAACAUUACCCCAUGUUGCGUAAUAAUAAUUGAGGAGUAGGCAUAUUGUUUUCUAAUACAGGGUUCUUCAUGAAUAUCCAAUAUUAUUUUUUAUAACCCAACCCAAAAAAAAAAAUGAAAAUAAAAGAGAUAAAGCAAAAAUGGCUAUUUUGAUAAAAAAAAAAAUAUUUUUCUAUAAAGUAACUACAAAAUAUAUCUUCAGAAAUUCUCUUGUAAAGUAUAAUAGAGCAAACCGCCUAUACACUAUAAUUUUACAAUACUAAGCACUUCUGGUAGAGGAAACUAUUAAGUUGCUAUAAGAUGUUCUCUCUCAUUAGAUAUUGUUUAAAUAAGAGUGCUUCUAAUUAUUUGUGAUUUGAAUUUUGAUGUAUAUUUGUUAAUGUAAAGGCUAUAUUGCUACUAAACAUAUUUUACUGUUUUUCUUUAGUGUAAUUAUUACCAAUUUCUUCCACAUAAUUAAACCAAAAGAAAAAGGUAGACCUUUUUUUGCAACUAGAAAUCAAUGAUGUCAGUUAUGGAUAUUUUGAAAUAUUUACAAAAUCUCAUAUUGAACAUUUUUCUGUUUCGAUUUUUGCUAUUUGCUUAAUAAAAUGUACUUGCCACUUAUACUA